AAUUAUGCAAAUAUACUGUAUUUUUUGUUUUGUUUUUUACAAAAUGAAAGCACGUGAUAAAUAUUGAAAUGAACAUUCAUUCAAAAACAGUAAUGAAUGCAUUGCAAAUAUAUCACCAGAGAAAGAAAACAGACAUUUUUCGUCAUGAAUGUGUGUAGUCAUGAAGACUAAUUAAUUAGUCUUCAACGUCUCUAACUGCUCCUGUUAAAUCAGGGGAUGGCGUCACACUAUAGAUUCUUUAUUUAUUUUAUGUUUAAAAUAUACUGUAUUACUUGCCAAUAGUAUUAAUAAAUACAAAUUUCAAAGUGUUGUGCAUUAGCAUUUUUUACAUUUUUAUGUUUUACCCCAAAUAAUCUAAAUAAAAAAUGUUCACAAUUGAAAAAUAAAAAAAAGUUAGGACAAUUUCAAAUCCUGGUACUGACUCAAAUGUUAUACAAAUAUAAGCCACAGAAAACAGUGGAUCGUGAAUGCAUCAAACGUGAGAGUUAGCUAUGUGUAGGAACUUGAAAUAUUCAACGUUUAAAGCUGGUUCCUAGGGUAAAAGGGCAGUGACUGUUUAGCAACUCCAUUAUUCUGAUAUGUUAAGGAUGUGAAGCCAAGGUCAACAAAUAAAGAGUUAUAUUAACUAAAUCAAUGACACAAUAAAAAGUAAUUUUAUCCAAAAUUAACUGUGACGUCUUCGUCACAUCCAUUUACAGUUGUUGUCGAAGACUGGCUGUAUUUUUGAAUAAGAGAGUUAAACUUUUACACUGUUGUAGUGUUUUAAAAGUAGUAAAAAAAAGCGUCACAACAACACAAACACCGUUGGUUCCUUGAACGCGUCAGCCGCGCGCGCUCAUUAACGCUGAUUAGAUGCACGUGCACAGCGGUCGCGGUAACGGCUGCAGUUCACGGACAGGUGUGCACAGCUGUUUGGCUGUUUCGUUUGUCUGUUUGUUUGUUGUGGUUGUGCGCGUGGGUGUGCGUGCGGGCGUGUGUGUCUGAAGAUGCAGAAAGGACUGAAGAAAUACUUUGUCAACAUGGACGACUACCUGUCCAGUCUGGGACUGUACAGGAAGAUGGUGGCCAGGGACGCGUCUAGUCUCUUCAGAGCGGUGUCUGAGCAGAUGUACUUCUCUCAGAACUACCAUCAGAGGAUCCGUCAGGACUGCGCUGACUUCAUGCGGACGAACAAAUGUCAUUUUGAGCCGUUUGUUGAAGGUUCAUUUGAGAAAUAUCUGGAGCGCCUGGAGGAUCCUAAGGAGACGGUUGGACAGGUGGAAAUCAAGGCCCUGUCUCAGCUGUACAGACGGAGUUUUCACAUCUAUCGUUACCCCGGUAAACCAGCCACGGUCAUCUCAGAGGAAGACUUUGUGGACAAGGUGAUGCUGUGUUGCUCCAUCAAUGGCCACUAUGACAUUGUUUACCUGAAGAACUACCCCGCUUCUGCUGCCGUUUGUCAGGCUCUGUUGUAUGAGGUGAUCUACACACAGGUGUUCAACGUGGAGGAGGCGGAGCUUUAUCAGGCCAUGGAGAGUGCCCGCAUGGGUGGACGAUGCUAUAGAAACAAUGUAUCUAUAAGCAGUGAAGUUGACUUUAGCUACGACACUCCUGAGGACAGAGGUCAAAGGGAGGAAGCAGGCUCAGGUGGGAUGGUGGAGGACAAACUCAGAGCUGUGGUGGAUGACCUGAAGCCCUCAGAAGCUGUGCUCCCCACCAAACUGUCUCUGCCGUAUAAAGUCAUCAAGUCUCUGGAUCCAGACGUGUACAGGAACCUGGAGUUUGACGUGUGGCAGGACACCUGCAAAGAGAUGCAGAAGACCGACUACAUGGUGUUUGCAGGAAGACAGUACUUCCUAGGAGACAAAUGUCAGGUGCGUCUGGAGCCAAAGGGAAAAUAUUACAACGCCUUCAUUCAGGAAGUGGGAACUCACCCAUCUGCUGUCACAGUCUUCAUCGAGGAGCUGGGAGAGAAACACCUGGUGCCUCUGACUGACCUGAAACCAGUCAAUCCUGUCCCUGCUUGGAAUGUCUCUGCUCCCCCAAGAAAAGGAGAAUUAGACUCUGACCCUCGUCAGCGCAAUCAUCGCAAUCGUUACUUUAGGAAGUCACGGGGCAACAGUGGGGUAAAGGGGGUGGAACUUUUAAUGCCACCCCCCUCUUCGUACGGAGCACCCACCUCCUCUCCCCUGCCCCCUCGCUUUCAACCCACGGGUCACCCUCGGCCGCCACCUCCUCCUUCAGCUGGAGCGUUAGCCUAUGACCCUUAUGCCCCCCCCCACAACCAUGUUCCUGCAGCCAGAGCUCCUCGCUAUGGAGCGUCCAGAAGUUCAACUCGAUUCCUGAACCGCCACCUGAUUGGUCCUCAGCUGACCUACUACCACCCUGGAAGAAGAUACUUACAGGACUACGAAAACUACGCCUUCAGGUCCCGGCGGAGCCGCAGACAGCUGAUGGCGCCCCUCAAUAAAGACUGUCAGUUUGGUUUCCCACCAGAGACGGGCGAGGACCCACCAGAUCUGGACACAGCUAUCGCCUACUACCAGCUGGAUGACACCAGUAAUGGCGUCUUUCCGCCUCUUCCGGGCUCAGCUGUGCCCCCGCCCCCAACCUUGGUGACACCUCCUCCUCCACCAGGUUCCUCUUAUCGUGUUCAAAGAAAUUCAGGGACCCUCCCGUCUAUACCACCACCUGGAAACACCCCCGUCUGUUCAUCAGAGGAAGAGCAGGAGGACACGAGCACAGCAGAGGACCAGGCUGAGUUUACAGAAGACUUCAUCUACAGUGCUCAGGAUCAGAGUGUUUAUACAACUCCUGCCGAGUCUUGCAAAAACCAGGAUGAACAGGAAGAAGAAACAACUGAGUCUCCACAUAGACAAGACCUGAAUUACAACUACAGUCAGCAGGUAGUGAAGCCAUUAGCGGCCAUUGGCUCUUCACCCUCCUCUUCUUCAUCCUCACCAUCAUCACCAUCGUCACAUGUUCCAUCAGCUGCAAGUGCACACACCCAAACACGCUCAGUUGCCAUGGCAAUCCCCACCACCACUCCCUGGUUGGCGAAUGAACUUGGCGAACCUGUGUGUUCUAUGAUGACUCCACCGCCCUACUCCUAUGACCCUAAUGGCAACGAUCUGCCAAGAGACUGCAGAGUUCUUCAGUAUUACUUCAACUUGGGUGUCCAGUGGUGUCAUCACAGCUGUUGGCAGCAACAGCAGCAGCAACAGCAGCAGCAGCAGGUUUACAGCUCCUUGUCACCUGACACUCCCUACACCUUCCAGCAGUACAACCCCUACAUGAGCCAGGAGAUGCAUGCUGUUUCACCCCCAUAUGCUGAAGCCAGUCGAAAUUUGCAUCAGCCUCCACCUUCAUCCUCCACCUAUCCAGAAUCUUCCAGGCCAAGUGAUGGGCAGGUCGAUGGACACGGCAGUGGCACUGCUUCCUCCAUUGAUGGUAGUACUCCUUCUGCUCCGACAGGUUCCACCCCAUCUGUCGUCUAUCCAGAACAAACACCCCUUCCUCCUCCUUCCAUGCUUCACCUUCCUUAUGAAGCUUCACCCAUGGCAACAUACCUUCCCUCUGCUGCUCACCCCGUACCCCUAGCCCACCACUCCUACCACUGCCUUCCUCCUUCCACCCACUGGGGGGUUCCCCAAACCGGAGGCCACGGUGCGAGAGUUUACUGUCCGGCCCCCAACCCCCCUCAUGUGGUCGCUUACAUUGCUGCCCCCCCUCCACACCACUCAGCCACGCACUACAUUCCUCCCACUAUGUAAAACUUGCACUUUAAAAAGGUUUAACACCUUAAACAGUUUAGUGUAAUUGCACAUUAGCGUGUUAGCUGUACAUGUUAACAAGCGGUUCUACAAUUCAUUUAUUUCUGUUCAUAUAGGGUCUCUAUUUUUUUUUCAAGGUUUAUUGCUUAUUCUUCACUAACUAGUUAGGUAACCAAAGGUUUGUGGAAUAUAUAUUAAUAAAUAUUUCUUUGUUGGCAUUUCAUCUGUCAGACUGGAGUUCUGUCCUUAGAGACCUUAGAGAAUUAGCCAACAACCCAAACAGGUGGUGUGGUCGAGUCAGUCCCAGUUUUUUUUUUAUGGGAUAUAUUUAUGUUAUUAUUUAUUUGAUUUUUCCAUGUAAACGGUUUGUUUGAUUCUGGGAAAUAAAGGUUUAUGUCUCACCUGCAACCAGACGUCCAGUGUUU